UCUUACCGAAUGAUCGUCUUUUUUAGUUAAGCUGUCUCAAAAACCCUCGCCAUAAAAUUCAGCUCUUUAAGGAAAAUUUGAGUGGAGAAUUUGAGAGUGGAUAAGAUAAGAGAAAAGGUAAAGGAAAGGUAUAAAGAGAGAGAUGGUCUUCUUGUUUAGAACUUGUUGUUUCCAAUUUUUCUAAGAAUGGCGUUUUAGGUAAAUGAUCACAGCUUAAUUACAGAUGGAAGAGAAGCUGACUCAAUUUGUGGUGUAGAUUUGUCAAAGAGGAUCGUGUGGAAUCUGAAAGUUUUUAAUUUCACUAAAAAUAGGAUUGAGUUAAAAAGGAGGAAGAAGAAUGGGGAAACACAAAUCUUUCAGAAGCAAAGCAGUGCACUUUGUCACCGAUCUCACCGCUGGUCUUCUUAAUCCCAUCUCUGAUAAACCCUCCUCCGCUCGUCCUCUUCCGGAUGAGGAAGAUGAGUCUAAGAGAAAUCAGCUAGAGUCUGUCACUGCAGAGCAGCCUAAGGAUUUGGUUGACGAACCAGACACUUCUUCUUUCUCUGCAUUCCUUGGUUCACUGUUAUCUUCAGAUCCCAAAGAAAAAAAGAACGAUAAGGAUCAGGAGGACGAAGAAGAAGAAGAAGAAGAAGAUUCUGAGGCAGAAACAAGCGAUACAUCAUCAUCCUCCUCGGCCAAUCCUACUAGAACAAUGAAGGAGGCUACUAGUGGUGCUGCAAAAAAGAGUUUUUUGUCCAAGUACAAACAGCAUUUGAGGAACUUUUACCAGGCUGUUAAGUUUCCCGGGGUCAAGGAGCGGAAGGGAAAUUCUGAUGUGACACCAGAUGCUGAAGAGUCUGAGUAUGAUGGCUUGGAGAUGAAGCCGAUGCAGAAUAAUAAUGUCAAAGAAGAAGCAACAAUAGUGCAAGCAAUUAUACCUGAAAUUUCAGAGCCCUCUUUGCUUUUAUCGGACCAGUCAAGAUGUUCCUUAUAUACUUCACUUCCUGCGCUUGUUCAAGGGAGGAAAUGGAUACUGCUUUAUAGUACAUGGAGGCAUGGUAUAUCACUGUCCACGCUGUACAGGAAAAGCCUUCUCUGGCCUGGUCUCAGCUUACUGGUUGUUGGAGACAGAAAAGGUUCAGUUUUUGGUGGUCUUGUUGAAGCACCUUUGAUACCAACUGAUAAAAAGUAUCAGGGAACCAAUAGUACAUUUGUUUUCACAAAUAAGUCAGGACAACCCACAAUAUACCGUCCCACAGGCGCAAAUCGAUUCUACACUUUAUGCUCCAAGGAAUUCCUAGCUCUAGGCGGUGGUGGACGGUUUGCUCUCUAUCUGGACAGUGAGCUGCUAAGUGGAUCAAGUGCUUACUCAGAGACAUAUGGGAACUCUUGUCUCGCAAACUCUCAGGACUUUGAUGUUAAAGAAGUGGAGCUAUGGGGAUUUGUGUAUGGCUCAAAGUAUGACGAGAUUCUAGCUCACAGCAAAACAAUGGAGCCUGGUCUUUGCAGAUGGUCAUGAUCAUUAUAAAGAAAAACGAAAUGAAUUCAAGUGAGAGAUUCGCUUCUUUUGUUGUUGUUAUUGUAAAUCUGUAGUAAAAGAAAUGUUGUUGUCUUUACCUUUGUAACUGGCUAAAAUCACAUCUCUGUUACUCUCGCUGGUAAUGAUGAUUUUUGGGACUGAAAUAACAAAAAUAAAACGACCUAUUAGGCCCAUUCGGCC